AUGUUGGCGGCACCGAUGGUGCAUGUAUUCUUAGAGAAGGAAGAAGACAGCUUGUGGGAGGCGAUGCUAGAGAAGAUUGGGCAGGCGAUUACCAUGGCGCCGAUGGACCUGGUGGCAUCACCAUCGCUAGAUACUCCCUUCGCGAGAUUAGCUGCGUGGGUGAUGAUGGGGGCAAAAGUGCGUCGAGCUAAGCGAUGCCACCAAAACGCAAGCUUCAAAAGACGGUGCCUCCAAGUGGACCUAGCCACUAGGCGACAUCGACGGGCCGAAAAGAUCCAGCGUGCGAAUGAUGCUAGGAAGUAG